CGCCCCGGCGCGCGUCCCGAGCCCGCUGCGCGCUGGCCGCUGCCCGGUCAUGUCAGGAUGGAGAUCCGGCAGCACGAGUGGCUCUCGGCCUCCCCCCACGAGGGCUUCGAGCAGAUGAGGCUCAAAAGCCGCCCCAAGGAGCCUUCGCCGAGCCUGACCCGAGUGGGCGCGAACUUCUAUAGCAGCGUCAAGCAGCAGGACUACAGCGCCAGCGUCUGGCUUCGGAGGAAAGACAAGCUGGAACACUCCCAGCAGAAGUGCAUCGUGAUCUUUGCCUUGGUCUGCUGCUUUGCCAUCCUCGUGGCCUUGAUAUUUUCAGCCGUGGACAUUGUGGGAGAGGAUGAGGAUGGACUCUCAGAAAAAAAUUGUCAAAAUAAAUGUCGAAUUGCCCUGGUGGAAAAUAUUCCUGAAGGCCUUAACUAUUCAGAAAAUGCACCAUUUCACUUAUCACUAUUCCAAGGCUGGAUGAAUUUACUCAACAUGGCCAAAAAAUCUGUUGACAUAGUAUCUUCCCAGUGGGAUCUCAACCACACCCACCCAUCAGCAUGUCAGGGUCAACGUCUUUUUGAGAAGUUGCUGCAAUUGACCUCUCAAGACAUUGAAAUCAAGCUAGUGAGUGAUGUGACAGCUGAUUCAAAGGUAUUAGAAGCCUUGAAAUUAAAGGGGGCCGAGGUGACGUACAUGAACAUGACCGCCUACAACAAGGGCCGGCUGCAGUCCUCCUUCUGGAUUGUGGACAAACAGCACGUGUAUAUCGGCAGUGCUGGCUUGGACUGGCAAUCUCUGGGACAGAUGAAAGAACUUGGUGUCAUCUUCUACAACUGCAGCUGCCUGGUCCUAGAUUUACAGAGGAUAUUUGCUUUGUAUAGUUCAUUAAAAUUCAAGAGCCGAGUACCUCAGACCUGGUCCAAGAGACUCUAUGGAGUCUAUGACAAUGAGAAGAAAUUGCAGCUUCAGCUGAAUGAGACCAAAUCCCAAGCAUUCGUAUCGAAUUCUCCCAAACUCUUUUGCCCUAAAAACAGAAGCUUUGACAUAGAUGCCAUCUACAGCGUGAUAGACGAUGCCAAGCAGUAUGUGUACAUUGCCGUCAUGGACUACCUGCCCAUCUCCAGCACAAGCACCAAAAGGACAUAUUGGCCAGACUUGGAUGGAAAAAUAAGAGAAGCAUUAGUUUUACGAAGUGUUAAAGUUCGACUCCUCAUAAGCUUCUGGAAGAAAACUGAUCCUCUCACAUUUAACUUUAUUUCGUCUCUUAAAGCUAUUUGCACUGAAAUAGCCAACUGCAGUUUGAAAGUUAAAUUUUUUGAUCUGGAAAGAGAAAAUGCUUGUGCUUCAAAAGAACAAAAGAACCACACCUUUCCUAAAUUAAAUCGCAACAAGUACAUGGUGACAGAUGGAGCAGCUUAUAUUGGAAAUUUUGACUGGGUAGGGAAUGACUUUACCCAGAAUGCUGGCACUGGCCUUGUUAUCAACCAGGCAGAUGUAAGGAACAACAGAAGCAUCAUUAAGCAACUUAAAGACGUGUUUGAAAGGGACUGGUACUCGCCCUAUGCUAAAACCUUACAACCAACCAAACAACCAAACUGCUCGAGCCUGCUCAAACUCAAAUUCCCCUCGAACAAAACUGCCAGCUACAACACAAGUGGGAAAGAACCCUUGAGUGUACAAUGAGAACAAGCAAACUGACCAAACA